CCCUCGUCGGUAGCAGGGGAGGAAGAGGCGGCGGCACACGGAGCUGGGACAGGAGCCAAGCCGACGGACGGACGGACGACCAGCGCGGGCAUCAUUUUCAACAUUUCCUUCCUGAGCUUAACUCCGCAAGUGUAAGCUGACAGAGGGACAGCGCCUCGUCCCUUCCCCCUCCCAGAGGAGAGCAGCGCCAGGAAACCGCCCUUCCCGGAACUUCCCUGGCCAGGGAGCUUGUCUGGGGCACCUCUUGCUUCACCCUGAGCCGGCCAAUGAUUCACAGGAGCUCCAUGCCCAGAAGGAAAGGUGUCCAGCCCCUGCAAAAGCUUUGCUUGGAGAAUGUGGCUGGGAACAUGAAUCACGUCUGGCUCAGGGACUACACAGAGCACUACCUGGACGAGUACCACUUCCGCUACAUCAUGGGGCCCUUCAGCGAGCUAGCUGGCUCUCUCAUCCAGCAGCUGCUCCAGUUGAUGGGGCAGAGCCGGCGCCUGACCCGGCCCAUGCUGCACUUGCUCCUGGUGCCGCACCUGACGGAGCUCAGCUUGAGCACCUGCCCGAAGCUGGUCACCCAAGCCAUUGCCCAGAUCAUCACAGUGCGCUGCAAGAAUUUGUCCUUGCUGGAUCUCCGAGGCUGCAGCCGGAUCCCCACAGAUGCUCUGGUUGACCUGAUAGAAGGCUUGCCGUGCCUCACAAAGCUGAACCUGUCAGGGACUCAGUGCAACACACAAGUGCUGUCGGCCGUGGGCUCCUGCUGCCGGCGGCUCCGUGAACUGGACGUCUCUGGCUGCAGCCGGCUGUCUGCGGACUCCCUCCUCCACCUGGCCUAUGACCCCACCGUGGGCUCCUUCUGCUGCCCGGCGUUGCAGGUGCUGGCCGUGUGUGAGCUGGAGCCCAGCAUGCGCAGCCAGGACCUGCUGUGGGCGCUGGCCUUCCUGUUGCUGGCACUGCCCAGCCUGACGUCCUUGGCCAACGCCUUAGUCACAGAGGCUGUGUGCCUGGUCCACAGCCAGGAGCUUGCCGGGGUCAAGAUCCCCCCUGGGUUUCCCUCCCUGGAGGCGCUGGUGCAGCGCAGGGCAUCCAGCCCCGAGGGGGAGGGCGGGUGCGCCAGGCAGACGCUGCCCCUCAGGCAGAUGCUGCACGUGAGUGAGUCCUCCUUGGCCACGGUCUGUGCCGCUUGCCCGCAUGUGGCAAAGGCAACGGUGCUUUUGGAAGAGAGCCCUGCCGUUGACUCAGGUGUCCUGCUGUCUUGGCACCACCUCACCCACCUGACGCUGAACUGCUUGGGAAGCCGGCCCCUGGGGGAGCUGCUCCCACUGACGGCGUGCCUGGGCCCCCAGCUUCAGUCCCUCUCCCUGGGGGGCUUCUCUGUCGGAGACUGGCUGGCCCUCCCCACCCUGGUCGGCCACUGCUUCAACCUCCGGGCGUUCAGUGCUUCCUUCAGCGCCCCUGGGCUGCGUGGCGUGGGCUGGGACCGGGAGCCGGGAGAUGAGGGCGCAGAUUUGGGCGAGGCUUUCAGCCUCCCUCCUCACACGUUCCCUCAGCUGUCUGCCUUUAAGCUAGACUUUGCUCAGUUGGACCCUCCUGUGCUUCCCCCUGAUGCUGCGGCGUUGAGAGCAAGCCUUCUGUCCUUGCUGAAACAUUCCCCGCGCCUGAAAAGCUUGGAACUGAUCAGCCUGCUUUUCCCCCUGGAUGGGCUGUUUGAGAAGGUUCUGGAGGCCCCUGGCACUGCCCUGGCGCACCUCAGCAAGCUCUCAUUGGCCCAAAGCAAGGUGUCCAGUCAAACGGUCCACCUGCUGUUAUCCUCUGAGAAUCAGCUGAGCCACCUCAACUUGGAGGAGUGCCCUGACAUUGGCCUGAGGGACUACAGUAAGCUCCUCAGGAGAGUCAGCAGGGAGGGCCUCGACCUGCUUAUCGUGUGGAGGUGAAAAGCUGCCUGCCACCCCCGCUUCAGUCUGGAAUGGUAGGCCCCACUUGCACUGGGAUCAAGACAGAGAGUACAUGUGUUUGCACAAUGGAGGCUUUUCCUGCGAAGGGUGUUGAACGGGACCUGCUAGGCCCAGAGCACCUCUGCAUUCAGCAAACACCAGAGAAGCCAUGAUUGGAGGGGGGGACAGAAGAACGCUCUGGGGAAAUGGAGCCCUGUCCAAAGCUGCCUGCGAUGGCCAGAGUGAGACCUUGGCACUCGACAAGAGGCUGAGAAGAGCAGGGCAGCUAGAGAAGCCAUAAGAUAAAACAGGUCCUGGGUUGAGAACGGGGCUGAUACAAAAAUGGAUUGACGCGACCCCUAAAAGGAGACGCUGCUGCAAGGAUUUUCACAUUCUCCCCUGAGGCAUUCUGAGCAUAUACAGAGGGCACAGCAGUUCCACCUCUGGGCUCAGUCCCAAGAGGACAGCAAGGGCUGGUCCUGUCUCUGAUCGCUCUGGAAGGGAAGGGCCUCCUUCCCACGCACACCCACUUCUCCCCUUUCCUCCGUCUCAGUCCCAGUGCGGCUCAGACUCACCGAGCUCCCCAAUUCCUCCCUCCCUCCCACCACCCUGGAUUGGCACCGAUGGUGGUAACCUGAAUUUAAUGCUGUGUAGUUAGAACAGUGAGGUUGCUCAGGACACGGUUAAACUUGGGUGGGGUGGAGGAGUUCUUAGGAGAUUAGAUGCUUGGUCAGCCGUUCUUCAUUUAAAAGAGAACAUCAGAAGAGCCCUGUGGCUGGAUCAGGCGCAAGGGGGCCCAUCUAGUCCAGCAUCCCGUUCUCACAGUGGCCAACCUGACACACCUUAUGGGAAGAAGGCCGCAAGCAGGAUGACCGCAGGGGCACUCCCCUCCUGUGGUUUCCAGCAACUGAUACUCAGAAGCGCGUCCAGCCGUGGAGGGAGAGCCCAGCCAUUGUGGCUAGAAGCUGCUCUUGCUGUUUUUGUAUUUACUUUGCACUGUCUUUGUUCCAUUAUCAGAUUUACUAUUCUUUAAUUCUUACUGCAUAGUUAAUUACGCUGUACUCCUGAUCAAUUUUGUUUCAUCAUCUUGUGUGGGUGACCUACAGUAAAUUACCUACAAGAUUCA